GUUUAGGUUGAUUUAUGAGCGGUGAUCUAACGACCACGCGUGUGUAACUGGACGGCCGGGAAGGUGACAAAUCGGGCACGGCACGGCCCCUACGUCUUUUUGGCUGGAUCAAACCAAAUCGCGCUCCCCGCCGCCUCUCGUUCCCGUCGCCCGCCGCCGAGGGUCUCCAGCGCGGCUGCCCUUAAUUUCCCGGCUCGCUCGGCUUGCGCGUACAACCUCCUUUCACCGAGCUUGAUAUCCACAGGCGUCGUCGGCAUCUGAUCCGAGGGGCGCGGUUUCGCCGAACUGCGGCCGGUUCCCCGAUGGCGGUGACUGGGCGAGAGGGUGACGACGACGUCGACCACUACGAGGUGCUCCGCCUCCCGUCCGGCGAGGAAGGCGCGGCGCUGAGCGUCGAGCGGAUCGACAAGGCCUACCGGAAGCAGUCGCGUCUCCGCCACCCCGACAAGCGCCCCGACGACCCCGACGCCACCGCCGACUUCCAGAGCCUCGCCAGCUCGUACGAGAUCCUCCGCAAUGAGUCCCUGCGCCGCCAGUUCGACGCCCGCCUCCGCGGCCGCCGCGAGGCCGCCGCCCGCGCCGCGGCGAAAGGGGUCAAGCGGCGGAAGGCCGUCUCGGACCUAGAGGAGCGCGAGCGCGCCUUUGCCGCCGGCCACGCUGCAGAGCUCGCGAAGCGAGAGGAGAAGCGGAUGGCUGCCGAUAUCCAGCGCACGCUGGAUGACCACUUCGCUCCCAACAAGUCCUGCGUCUCUGGCGUUGCUUCGACUUCGGGACAUGGAGCUCCAGAGAGCGAACCAAAAACAGACAAUGGUAAGAUCUUGAAGGUUUCAUGGGAAGGGGGUGCAGAUUACUACACUGCAGCAAAGUUGGACGAGAUUUUCACGCAAUUUGGCACGGUUGAAGACAUUGUGAUCAUGUUUAGCAAAUCAAAGAGGAAGGGCUCAGCACUUGUUGUCAUGGUUUCCAAAGAGGCAGCACGAUCUGCACUGAAGAACCAUUCUGUCUACAAUGUUUUCCCAAUCCCAUUAAGUGUUGCUCCGGUCCCAAUAAAGUGAAAUCAAAGACCUGAACCGAGAACAAGCAACACUGAUGUUACUGCAUUCUGCAAUUUCGAAGCAUCAACAUGCCGAAAACUUGAAGAGGUACUUUAAUGAGGACGAUUUGUUAAGUACAUAUUCAUGUGUUCUGCGGCUAGUGAACAAAGAAGACCCAUCCUAUAAUUAUGUGUACUUUCCUUCACAAGGUAGUUUGCAGAUGCUGUUGUGUGAUACAUAUAUACUCGUGGAAUGCGCAAUGCACGACGUGUCAAACCGA